AUGAAGAGAAGGAUAGGCAGUGUAAACACUCUGCACCAACAGAGCGCAUCCACACAGAUAACAUUUGAUAGAAUAGAUUUGUUGCGUGUUAAGAUCCCUCAUGAGGACCCGUUAGUCGUCAGUUUGACAGUGGCUGAAUGUUUGGUACGCAAAGUUCUGAUUGAUCCUGGAAGUAGUGCGAACGUCAUGCCGAGGGACACAUUUGAUCGGCUCGAGAUCAAGCCAGACCGGCUCAAGCACACUGGGAAUCCUUUGCUAGGGUUUGAUAGAAAGCGAGCGGAGCCCAUCGGUACGGUGGAAGUAGUAGUGCAUGCUGCAGAGAGGGUUCUGAUGGAGAGCUUUGUAGUUGUUGAGAUUCAUCCCUCUUACAACCUUCUGAUGGGCAAAGGGUGGAUCCACAGAGUUCAAGGUGUUCAUUCCACUCUGCACCAAGUAAUGAGAUGCCUGGGGCCAGACAGAACCAAUGUGACAUUCAUGGGGACCAGGUUGCAGCUAAGGAAUGUUAUUCAGUAA